CAAAAUGAGGUUAAAAUAAGGUAAAGGCAAAAAGAAAACAUUUCGUUUAUUUCCUGUAUGUCUACGGAAACCCAUUAGGUUAAGCAUGCAUCAGAAUUACUUAACAGUUCAAAUGUGAAGGUAAGAUCUCAAUAGUCCAUGUAAUGGUUUCAAAACCACACACAAACAUGCCAAAGAUCUAAAGUCAGUGGAUCACCAGCAAAAAAAGGCAGGGCUGAUGUUAACAGCACUAUAAAGUCUCUCUUUAUACUACAAGUGAUGCUGGAGUUUUGACCUCUUAGAAGUUGAUCUUCAUGUAAGAGCAGGCUGAGUGCUGUAAGGGCAGUUACUGUCACACCUUAGGUCAACACUAGGCUUGAUAGGUGUGUUUGACAGAGCUGAGUGAUACAGUAUCUCGUACCAUUGAGUCAAGUGUGUGUGACACGAGGAAGUGGUUGUGUUUUAAUGCUUUAAGCUGUGCAACUUUGACAGAACAAUGGGCGUCCUGCAGCUGCUGAAGUCACAGUUCUUGUGUCACCUGAUGAUUUGCUACGUGUUCCUGGUCAGCGGCCUCAUCAUCAACCUGCUGCAGCUCUGUACUCUACCUCUGUGGCUGGUCAGUAAACAGCUGGCCCGCAGGAUCAACAUCCGACUGGCCUACUGCGUCAGUAGCCAGAUGGUAGCCGCCCUGGAGUGGUGGUCUGGGACAGAAUGCACGCUCUACACCGACCCAAAGAGUUAUCCACUGUAUGGAAAUGAGAAUGCAAUUGUGGUUCUCAAUCACAGUUUUGAAAUAGACUUCCUGUGUGGCUGGACCUUCUGUGACAGAUUCGGAGUCCUGGGGAGCUCAAAAGUUUUAGCCAAGAAGGAGUUGGCGUAUGUGCCAAUCAUCGGUUGGAUGUGGUACUUCCUGGAGAUAGUUUUCUGCAAGAGGAAAUGGGAAGAAGACCGAAGGACGGUGGCUCAGAGUCUUCAGAACCUGCGGGAUUACCCAGAAAACUACUGGUUCUUGCUUUACUGUGAAGGAACACGCUUCACACCAAAGAAGCACCAGGUCAGCAUGCAGGUGGCUGAGAGCAAAGGUCUUCCCAAACUGAAGUACCAUCUUCUGCCCAGGACCAAAGGAUUCUGGGUAACUGUCCAAAACCUCAGAGGAACUGCUGCGGCUGUUUAUGAUUCCACACUGAACUUCAGAAACAACGAAUCACCAACCUUGCUUGGAAUUCUCAAUGGGAAGAAAUAUCAUGCAGAUUUAUAUGUGAGGAGAAUCCCGCUAGAGAUGAUCCCAGAGGAUGAGGCAGAGUGCGCUGCUUGGCUCCACAAACUCUGCCAGGAAAAGGAUAGCUUUCAGGAGCACUACACACAGACAGGGUGUUUCCCUGGCCCCACAGUGAGCCCUCCACGCCGACCCUGGUCCUUGAUCAACUGGUUAUUCUGGUGCUGCUUGCUGCUCUACCCUCUGGGCCUACUACUGACUCAACUCUUCAGCUCUGGAUCGAUGCUCUCCAUCUUAGCUUCUGUGGCUCUCUGCUCUGCAGCCUCACUGGGAGUUCGCUGGAUGAUUGGCCAGACUGAGAUUGACAGAAGCUCUAACUAUGGGAAUAAGGAGGUUCCUCUAAACAAACACUAAGCAGUCCUGACCUUCACUGAUCUGUCUAAAUGUUGUAAAGUG